AUGACGUGGAACCAUCGAGAGCGAACGUGUCACAGUAUAAAAGCUGAUCUCUCUGCGUGGAUCUUCAAUCGCCUUGGGCAGCUGGACGGAAGCCGGACCAAAUCGGAGUGUGAAGAGCACGUGCCGCUGAGAGAGAGAAGACACGCCCUACCAGCAAGGUUCAGCAUGAAGUUAGUAUUGCUCGUUCUGUCUUGUGCACUGGCACUGUCAUCAGUACAGGGUCAUUUUUGGAGCCCUUGGUACGACCGGGAUAACCCUUCAGGCCUUGGAGAUUAUGAAAACUUGCAUGCACAGAAGAAACGAGGCUACGUGUGUGGCGGAUGUAAACCUAUAGCAGCACAGUGUCGCGUGAAGGGGACAACUAAUGUGUUUACACGCUGGUCUGGCACGGCUCCCAAUAAGUUAGCGAUUCACUGUUCACCCACCAAAGGACUGGCGUGCGUUAACUCCCAGCAGAGCGGAGGAUCCUGCAAAGACUAUGAGAUAAGAUACUUGUGCCCUACUACAAGUGGGUCUUGGACAUCCUUCCUGGACAGAGAUGACCCUAGUGGUACGGGUGAUUGGGAGAGCACACGCGCCUUUCGGAGGUAUACCAAAAAUAACCUUUGCGGUGGUCGUCGCACAAUGUGCUCCCAAUGUCGUGCUAAAGGCUCCCACUACCCUUAUUAUAAAACAGGUGACAGGUACAACGCUUACCACGACUGCAACUGGGAGAAUGGGUUGGUCUGCACCACAUCGGUCAACAAGAAGAUCUGCAAGGACUACGAGGUCAGGUUCAAGUGCCCUACGAUAGGUAACAGUAACUGUAGCCGGUGCGCCAAGUGGACGUCCUGGAGGGACAGAGACAACCCCAGCGGUAGUGGAGACUUUGAAUACGUGGGGAAACGAGGACAUAACCCGUGCUCCGGUCGUGAACCAAUUGAUAUCCAAUGUCGCGUCAAAGCAACCAAGCAGUGGUGGUAUACGGCGGGCCAGAAGAUCAGAGCCAAGUGCACGCCCUCUGGCGGGCUGGUUUGCUUGAACAGAGAUCAACCAAAUAGGCAAUUGUGCAAAGACUACGAAGUCCGAUUUCUGUGUCCCUGACUCGAUCUUGUUUAGGUCAGUAGCCUUACUUCAAUGUGGGGGAUGUAUUGAUUGCAGAUGUCAUAUGGGUGUUAAGACUUUACAGCUGAAAUAAAGUAAAAUUUGUCAUAUUAUUGUGCUGAUACCGGAGUAACAAUGCAGUAUUAAGUCUCUACAACUGUUUGUAUCAAA